AGCGGCACAGUGAGCGGCACAGUGAGAGGCACAGUGAGAGGCACAGUGAGAGGCACAGUGAGAGGCACAGUGAGAGGCACAGUGAGCCGGUGUGAGGAUGGUGCUCCACCAGACCCUACAGGCAGCUGGCUGUGGGGACCUGUCUGUGCUGCGGGGGCUCGCUGCCUCCGGGGGCGUCUCCCCGGACAUCAUCGACCUCCAGGGCGCGGGGCCUCUGCACCACGCGGCGCGCUGCGGACGUCUGGAGUGCUGCGCCCUCCUGGUGGAGGAGCUGGGGAUGCGGGCCGACCCCCGAGCCCGGAACAGGGCCACCCCUGCCCACGAUGCCGCCGCCACGGGACACGCCCGCGAGUUGGAGUGGCUGGUGGAGCAGGGAGGCUGCAGCCUGGAGGAGAUGGACCCACCAGAGCUCAACAUGUGUGUGGACCGCCAGACAGCCCUGGGAGCCACGCCCCUCUACCUGGCGUGUCAGGAGGGCCGUCUGCACGUGGUGGAGUACCUGGUGAGGGACUGCGGGGCGGAUGUGCAGCGCAGGGCAAGGGACGGCAUGACAGGCCUGCAUGCAGCCGCACGCAUGGGCCACCUGGCACUGGUGGUCUGGCUGGCCAACUUCACAGAGCUGAGUGUCUCCAGUCAGGACCAGGAGGGCGCCACCGCAGUGCACUUCGCCGCCUGCGGGGGGCACCAUCGCGUGCUGGAGAGGCUGCUCCGCAUGGGGGCCGCCCUCACCAGGGACCGCUGGGGAGGAACACCCCUGCACGACGCUGCCGAAAAUGGGGAAUUGGAGUGCUGCAGGAUCCUGUUAGCCAAUCAGGUGGAGGCGUCGGUGCAGGACAUCGAUGGCUUCACUGCAGCUGACCUGGCUGAGUACAACGGGCACUACGACUGUGCCAGCGUCCUGCGCACCGCCGAGAGAUGUCCUUUCGCUGCGGAUCAGCCCGUUGAGGAAACAGACCCCGCAGAGGAGGAAGUGAGGGGGAAGACAGCUGUCUCCUGGCAACCCAGCAAAGGGGACUACUACCAUCGCCUUAGCGACCCACAAAGGGACUGUCACAGCCGUGGUAGAGAUAUGGAGAGCUUAAAGCAACCAGAGUCUGAGGAGCCUCCCCAGGCCAGAUACCCCAGCCCUCCCUCUCUCACACCCGGAAGAACUGGGGACAUUCUUGCAAGACGAAUGAUUCAGUUCCUUCACUCUAACAAAUAUUUCUCUACAUGUAUCUUCAAGUCGGCUCCAGAGACAGCUCAGAUUCAGCCCCGGAAUGUGACGCAAGAUGACAAGAAAGGUUUCCUGGGAGAUAAAAAACUUCUCACUAAUAUGAAAUCCAUGUGUUCUCUGAAGUCAGGGAUCAGUGCAGCACAAGAGCUUGGCAAACCUGCUGAAAAGACAUCUAACAUCCUGCCUCAGAAGAUGAUGCUGGGUGACUCUAAAGGCCUCGUGGGAGAUAAGAAACUCUUGAACAAUAUCAAGUCCAUGACCUCUCUGAAGGAAUCAGGAAUUGGGGGAACCUUCACUGGACAAGUCAGCAAGAUGGUGGUUCUGCCCACGGAGGAGGCCAACCUGUCAGACAUUGACUACCUGGUGCCCACCCAUGACGAGCGUGGCCGGCCCAUCGCAGAGUGGAAGCGGCAGGUGAUGGUGCGCCAGCUGCAGGCCCGGCUGCUGGACGAGGAGGACCAGCGCAGGAAGGAGUCCGGGAGCAGGUAUGCCAAGGUGAGCUGGAGGUACUCCCAGGCCCACAAUGCCAUCCUGGGUCCGUUCGGGGAGCUUCUGACUGAGGAUGAUCUCAUCUACCUGGAGAACCAGAUCCAGAACGUGUCCAUGCAGAAGAACUGCGAGGGCUAUGAGCUGGAGCUGUCCCGCCUGGCCGAGGAGCUCAGGCACAUCCUGCCAGCGCCCAUCGUCAACAUUUCCGUCAACGCGCAGCUCUCGCUGCCGGUGUGGUGCAACCGCAUCUCGGGCAUCGUGAAGAGCAUGUCCUUGCUCAUGACCAACCUGUCGGACCAGCCGUACUGCAAGAUGCCCAACACGGACCUGGUGACGGUGUUCGGUCAGACCCCCGAGCGCCAGACCUCCAACCGGGGCCGUAGGGAGAGCCGCGAGAAGAUCGAGAGCGAGAUCCAACAGUUUGGUGUCUCGGUGAGGAACCUGAAGUCGACCUUUGAGUGCGAGAGCUCGUCUCUGUCUGAGGACACGGCCUGUGAGUCGCCUCUGUCGCCUCCCACGCAUGAGGAGGAGAAGAAGGAGGAGGGAGGGAGGGGGGAGGAGCAGCACAAGGAGCAGAACAGCGACUCGGGUGGAGACUACGAGGAGAACGUGGUGAACGUCAGAGAGACCACCAGCCUGAGGAAGGAGCGCAUCGUGGUCCUGUUCCUCGGCCACUGGAAGAAGUCGGCCUACACCGUGACCCUGAAAAGCAGGGACGCCGCAGAGAGGAAGUCAAGCUCGGACGGCGGCGUGGCCGGGGAGAAGACAGGAGUGGAGCGCAAGCACAGCGCGGAAGGCUCUCCCACCAAGAAGAUGAUGGAGAACAGCUCCAUGGGGCACUUUUUCAAGCAGCGGAGCGCCGUCAACAAGAUGAUGAACAACUGGAGGAACAUGACCUCCACCGUCCCAUCCAGGCAGGUCCGCCGCCUCCACAAACAGCAGGCCCUCUUCUCCCCCGAGCAGUUCCUGCCGCGCGUGGACGGAACCUGUGUGGAGUACGACACCCUGACCCUGGACCUCUUCAUGCUGGGGUACUUCCACAUCCUGGAGCAGGAGCUGUCAGCGGAGGAGAGGAAGGUCAGGCACCUGCUCUGCUUCGAAGUGUUCGACCACCUGGGCCGCUUCACCUGGGAGACGGUCAGGGGCUUCCACAAGGCCGUGGUGCAGGACAUCGAGUCCGGGAACCGGGAGUGGAAAGACGGCUUUGAGGACCUCAAGGUGAAGUUCUUCGGUAAUGCUCCUGAGUCCGAUGGGGAGAGUAAGACGAGCGUGCAGGAGAAACAGUCGCUGCCAGAGGUCAGGAAGAUGCCCAAGGUCUUCGUUCAAACGCCGACCCCUGACGAAAGCAUGCUGAAGACAGGAACGGACAUUUCCAGCUUCAGCAAUGACGAGAUCUGCAAGUACAUCGACCGGAGUUUUGCUUUCUGGAAAGAGAAAGAGGCAGAGAUUUUUGAUUUUGAAUAGUAUUAGUGCUAAUCUGUUUUAUCUUUUUUGAUAUUUUUGUAUAAUUUGUAGUCAGCUGACAUCAAGUUAUUGGAAACGAUGGAUUGAUAGGUGUAUUGUAAAUGUGUCUUUUCUGAGUGUGAAUAUUCAGCUGUUUUUGCAAUGUGUAAGAUAAAAAGCAUCUAGAUAGUGUUCAACAUUUCCAAUCCCUGACAAAGAGGGUAGAGUAAAGAGCUCAACAACUAUGACAAUAAACAAUUAAGAAAAUACUGAAAUGUCAUUU